AUGGCCCCGGCCCUCCUGACGAGGCGCCCCAGAAUUCUGUACCUGGACGCAUACGACUCCUUCUCGAACAACAUUAUCGCUCAAGUCGAGCAGUGUAUCGAUGCUGAAAUCGUCAAAUGCUACAUUAACAGCGAUCCUGACGCUUGGGUCGUCCCAGAAGCAGCCAAGGCACGCGCUGCUACCCCUGCAGCAUUCACUGAAUACGCCAAAACUUUCGACGCUGUCAUCGCGGGACCAGGACCUGGCUCAGCAGCAUGCGACGAGGAUGUGGGCUGGAUGAAGGUGCUGUGGAAGCUUCAAGAUGAAGACAUGAUACCCGUCCUCACGACUAUUCAAAAGCUUACAGAACCACGGCACGGACUCGUUUCGGUGAUCUUGAACAAUGGUACAUCUAUCUUCAACGGCACAAAGCAGCUCCACGCUACGCAGUACCACUCAUUACAGGUUAUGCUUCACCACCGAAUCCAGACAAAGAAGGCCGUUCGUUAUCCUGCGGAGCUGUGGGAACCUACCGAAACAUGCCCGGACCUCCAGCCGUUGGCUUGGGAUUUUGACAAUAAGCAGAAUGGGGCUGUCUUAAUGGCUGCAAAACAUAUCACCAAACCUUUCUGGGGCGUGCAGUUUCAUCCUGAAUCAAUCUGUACGAAUGAUGAGGGCAUGCGAAUCGUUCAGAAUUGGUGGGCCGAAGCCAGUCUGCAUAGUCGUCCACGUAAUCUCACAACACCAUCCAGUUCCGAGGUUACACAAAAUAUCGCAGAGGAUGAAGCCUCCCAGCCGAAGGAUUUCUCAAUGGAGGCGCUAACUAUGCGUCUUGUGCACGGAGACGUGAUACCUUCGUCCCAUGCUACUGUCCUCGACGUGCAAUGCGCUACGACGGGAAGCGGGCGAUUGACCGUAUCAGACCUCGUAGAGCUAUUUGACAGCCCUCGUGGCGAAGCGAUAGUGCUUGAAUCAGGCCUUCAUCGGGACCUUCGUCCCAUGGCGACCGAUACGGGCCGUCACAGUAUCAUUGGUUUGGUUGUUCCUGGAGAGACGAUGCGCCUACAUUACUACACCGGUACCCACAUCAUGGAGCUUAGAGAUGGCAAUGACAAAGCCCUGCAGAAAUGGUACACACUAGAUCCAUUGCAAUGCAUUAGGCGUGUCAUGUCACACCUCAGAGGUAUGCUUGGGCAAAAGCCCCAGACCUCAACCUGGUCACCAUUUUGGGGUGGCUUCAUGGGCUACGCAUCAUAUGAAGCAGGUUUGGAGACGAUAGGCGUUAGGUCAAAGGAAGAGGCAGAAUGUCCAGACAUUUGCUUCGCUUACAUCACACGAAGCAUCGUGGUGGAUCACCAGCUGAAGAAGAUUUAUAUCCAGAGCAUACGCAGCACAGAUGACCGGUCUUGGGUCAACGAGUCCCUCGACCUGCUCUAUGAUGCUGUGGGCAGAAAGAGUUUAGAAUCUACACCAAACCCAACUCCGCUCCCCAAACCUAAUCCAUUCGAGCAGCACGAUACGACUCUCAGCACCUACUUAUCUUCAUGCACGCGAUCUGUUAUCGAUCGCGACGACUACUGCCUUUCUGUUGGAUCAUGUCAAAAGCACAUCGCAGAUGGCCAAAGCUACGAACUCUGCCUCACCACAACGAACAAGAUUCGUGCCCGUAGGCCCCGCAUAUGCCGCCUCUCGAGAACAGAAGACAACGAACUGUCAUGGAAACUCUACAAGCGCCUUACUGCACACAACACCGCACCUUUCAGUGCGUAUAUGCGCCUGCACAACGUGCACGUCCUGAGCUCGUCGCCGGAACGGUAUAUUAGCUGGAACCGUCAGCAGACGGCGCAGUGUCGUCCGAUCAAAGGCACCGUGUCCAAGAGCUCAGGUGCCACAGCUGCAGAAGCACACGCCAUUCUGUCCACUCCCAAGGAGCGUGCUGAAAAUUUGAUGAUUGUUGACCUCGUCCGGCAUCAACUCCACGGCGUGUAUGGCGCAGGUAAUGUGCACGUGAGUCAACUCAUGCAAGUUGAGGAGUAUGAAACGGUCUGGCAACUUGUGUCUGUUGUCGAAGGCAAUCCAUCCUCCAGCACUAGCCCGCGACUGCAGACACCAGAAGACGCCUGGGUGGACAACAAAGACCGAGCAGCCGCACGUACCUCACAUGAUCAAGACAGGGAGGGAAUGCUUGGCUUCGACGCGUUUGCACAAUCCUUGCCUGCAGGCAGCAUGACCGGCGCGCCCAAGAAGCGCUCCUGCGAACUUCUGCAAGGCCUCGAAAACGGCGAACGUCGUGGCAUAUACUCUGGCGUCUUGGGAUAUCUGGACAUCGGCGGUGGUGGUGACUUCAGCGUCGUCAUUCGCACCGCUAUAAAGAUUGACCCCCCCAAAUUUGGCAUCCGCCGUCGAAGAUGUCUGGACACGGCGGCUGCCUUUGAGGAAGCUGGCGAGAUCGAAGAGGUGGAGAAAGAGACCGACUUACGAGGUAUAUGGAGCAGACUCAUGGAGGUCGAGGAACCUGAGGAUGGAGAAGAUGGUGGUUUACCAUCGGCACCGUUGCUGCUCAGGACAUUGCAAGACUUCCAGGCGGGUUUGUUGUCGGGAGUGGUGCGAGCCACGGACGGAAUUGCCAGAGGGCGAGAGUAG